AUGUUGCGUACAGCCGUCGAGCGAGUGGAGUCUGCAGAGGAGCAGCUGGAGGUCGCAUCCAGCAGCCGCGUGACCUUUGAAGAGGGCAUGUUUGAGAUGACGGCAGCAGAAGCGUCGCAAGCUGGAGCAAGAUGCCGGACGGAAGCUGGCAAGUGCCAGACCAAGGUGCAGCAAGCUGCCGCAUUCCUGCGUGCUCGCAGCUGGGACG